AUGGCACCACAGGAUCCAAACGCCAAUGACGACCCUGCCACUCUCAUAUCCAGACUCCAAGGACUCGUCUCCAGACUAGGUAACGAUGGAGACCACAAGGCAAAGAGAGAGUGUCUUCAGUUGGCCAAUGCACUUACGGCCCAGUUGGAGCCGCCCGAGCACACAGCCAUCGAUAUGGCAUUUUCACCUGUAAUUGCCACCAGCGUCCGACUUGCCGUGGAUAUGAACCUGUUCGAGCAUAUUGUCCGAGACGGCCCUGUCACGUCUGCAAGACUGGCCGCGCUGUCUGGUGCUGAGGAGCUGUUCAUCAUCCGGAUCCUGCGAAUUGCAUCGACAGUGCACUUCGUUGAAGAAACCGCCGCGAACACCUGGAAGGCCACGCGCAUCACGGAGGUAAUGGCAAGGAAGGGGAUAUCAGCUAGUCAUAGAGUGAUCUCGGAGGUGGUCGUCAGGCCGUUCCAAAGCGCCCCGGACUUCUUCCUCCAAAAGGGCCAUUAUUCAUGCCCUACCGACCCAAAGAACGGUCUGGUGCAAUUUGCUUUCGACACUGAGCAAUCGGCCUUUGAUUAUCUCGGGUCUGAUCCGUCUCUGCUCGCGGACUUCAAUAUUACCAUGGAGGCUGCAGCGGGUAAGCGCAUAAAGUGGACAGAGUGGUACCCCGUGCACAGUCGAGUACUGGACGGGGCAUUGGAAGAUACGGUGUUGAUGGUGGAUGUUGGUGGUGGUGAUGGCCAUGAUAUACUGCACUUCAAUAGCAAGUUCCCGAAUUCCGGUAGGCUGGUGCUGGAGGACUUGGGCGCAGUCACAGAGGGGAUUGAAAAGUUGGACGAAUCGAUAGAGAAGAUUUCAUAUGACUUCUUCACAGAGCAGCCGAUUAAAGGCGCGAGGGUGUACUUCUACCACCACAUUUUCCACGACUGGUCUGAUUAUUAUUGUCACAAGAUUCUACAGAGAGUGGCUGCGGCAAUGACUCCGGGAUAUUCAAAGCUUUUGAUUAACGAUAUGCUUGUGCCUGAGCAAGGUGCGUCAAAGUACCAGGCAGGGGCUGACAUUUCAAUGAUGGCUUUCAGCGGCGGGAUGGAACGUACAAAGCCGCAGUGGCGUGCACUUCUUGAGACAGCUGGAUUUCAGAUAGUUGAGUUUUGGGAGCCAGCUGGUGAGGGAGAUGGUAUUAUCGAGGUUGUGAUAUGA